AUGGCAAUAUUAAAAGCAACAGUGAGAAUGGCAUCAAUAAUUGAAAAUAAAAGUGAGCACGAACAAGGAUUGAUGGCAGUCACUAAUAUGAAUACGUCGAAUGAUGCGGCAGGAAUAAACCUAUCAUUAAAAGUCUGGGUGGUGAUGGCGAUUCACUUGAAAUGGCGAAAUGAAAAUGAAAAGCGUCGUCGUGAUGCUUUUAACCGAUUAAUUAGUGAAUUGGCGAUUAUCGUAGCCCGUGAUGAUCAAAAAUUAGAUAAAAGCAAUAUCCUCAAAUGCACCAUAAACUUUCUCAAACAACACCAACACAAGAUAGAUGGUGGUGAUACAAUUUUGUCACCCUUUUCGAUACAGGUCCGAACCCUGCCAGUAGGCUAUGGAAUAAUCUAUCUUGCCUCUUCGAGUGAUGUUGUAGAUCCACCUCCUAUUUUCCAAUUAACCCUUUGGAGAAAAAAUCUCAUCACCCUAAUAACCAGUGAAACUGGCCAAACAAUGACGAGUGCAGUUAGAAGAGGAAAAACAUACAAUUUAAGGUUUUUAGUUCGUGCAGAAUCGACUACAGAUGAUGGUGGAAAUAAUUUAUACUCCGAAUUAAAUCGACUAGUUGGAUGUUCAGUUCGAGAUUUGGCUGGAUUGUAUAUGGAUGCACUUGCUGUUGGAACAUUUUGUGUAGCAUGUUCCGGUGUUAUAAUUCGAGCUUCUUCAGCUUUCGCUGCUUUUUUCAACAAAUCAGUAACCGAAAUAAUUGGUCUGAAUCUGCUUCAAAUGCUCGAAGAAAGUUCAGCCAAAAAUCUUAAUGAAAAAUUUACGCAUGAGAUAUUUCGUAUUGUAUCGCCACCAUCUAUCUUGUCUGAAUUUCCAAUAAUAUCUAUAAAUAUUGAAACCAAUCACCAUAAGCGACGAAUUUUAAUGGUUGGUUGGUUCAAAAAGAUCAGUAUUAGUCGAAUUCAUUCUCCAAACGCCGACCAAUUGUUUGAAGAGCAAUUGGGAAAAGGUUUGAGCAACGACUCUGAUGAGAAAUCUCAGCCAAUGAUGUGUUUUGUUGGUAUUGCUCGACCUGAAUACGACGUUCCCUCGAUUAUUCGCACUGCUAAACUAAAAAUGAUAAAUGAUUUCACAAUAACCUACAACGCAGAAUUCAAAUUCCUUUACACAGAUCGCAACUGUGUAUAUUUGCUUGGUUAUAGUAAUUACGAACUGAUGGGAACAAGCGGGUAUGAAUACGUACAUAAUGACGACUUGGAAAUGCUUGCUGGUUUUCAUCAACAAUUAAUUCAUGUGUCAAUUUGUCAAAUUGGUUGUCAUAGACUGCGUACGAAGAGCAAUGAAUGGUUGUUAGUGCGAUGCAUAGCUACCAUAGAAAACCAGUCCUCAUUAAAACAAAUUCGAUGUACAUAUAGGCUAGCCGAUGAGAGAUAUGACCUUGGAGAAACGAAAAAUCUCGAUAUUGAAACUACCAAUGGAGUCAGCAGUCAUCAGAUUUCACCACUCAGUGUUAUUAUGCAACCAGGUUCUUCCCAUGUGUCUCAGUGUAGUCCAGCGACAUCUGAAUUCUUUCAUGAAUCACCGCUACCUUUAUUUUCUUCUGCUAUGAAUUCAAUGGUUUCAACUGCAUCACGUAAACGACGAUCUGAACCACCACUCGUUUAUAUUAAACAUUACCCUUUGCCAGAAUCGAAAAAAGGAAAACAAGAAGAUGCAAGAAACAUCGUCAACGUCUCAUCUUCAUUUUCAAAAAGCGACAAUGAUGCGGUAAAUUCAUCCAUAAAUAUAUCUCCAAUGUAUCGUCACAUAUGGGAAGAAUUGCAAAGAAGAAGUGAAAUCUUGCGACAGCAAGUUAUCCAGAAAGAAAUCGAGCUUCGCGAACUUCACAUUAAACAGUUUCUUGCAUCAGUGCCUAAGAAAUAA